UCUGGCUUUCGGAACCUAGCGACUGCAUGUGGCGCUGCGGUGUCACUCAUUGCGCCUAAGGCUAAUGCUAAGUUCCCUAACCGCCCGAAGCUCCCGGAAUCUCCCUGGAAACGUUUCACGGAUCGCCUCCUGCUGCGCUUCAUUUAUCUCCUUCUACAUGCACUUCAGAUUCCCACGCGCCAUCUCUACGGUCUCAGCUACCUUAACUACGAGAUAAAUCACAGAGCUACUCAGUUCCAUUCUGACGAGUGCUCGAUUCAUAACAAGGCGGGCGAGUCCUCGGCGCAGAGGAAGUUGGGCCUCAAUCUGGUUUAUCCCAGCCCGGAAGAGGUGGGCAACUCCAGAUUUCAACUGCUGUGAGUGUGUUGUCCUCGAAAUAUCUCGUGUUAUAUAAUCGGGGAACGGCAAUGCUGAGAUGACUUCUAGCAUAAUUGCCAUUCACGGUCUAGACACACAUUCUGCGCGAACAUUCAAAGCGUCUGAGAAAGAGGGGGACGCGACAUCUCGGCUUGUGCACUGGCUCAGGGAUGAGGACAUGCUCCCGCACUAUUCCCCUUUUGCCCGGAUACACAUACACGAUUGGAAUGCCGCCAUGAUAUCCCACGCCAAUGGCCAGUACCUCCACCAUCAUGCGCAAGAGUUUCUGAGAGCAGUAUCCCGGGAGCACCUAGAGCGCCGCCGCAGUUGCCCCAUCAUCUUCAUUGGGUCCUUUAUGGCGGCUUUAUUCUGCCCAAGGCAUUGUGUCUCGCGUCCAGGGCGGAGGGGGUUGAAGAGGAAGUUUUGGAUGCAACCCAAGGCAUCAUCUUCCUAGGGACUCCUUUUCGCAGCGGUGGCGCCGCGUCCGCAGCAAAGAUCCGCGUACUUAUCGCCCAGAUCAUAAACGCGAGCACAUCCUCAGGACUGGUCAAGGUUUUACAAGACGAAACAGGUUCGCUCAGUGAGAUCCGUCACCACUUCUGCUCCAUGAUCCGUCAACGAUGGCGGAAUUCAUGUCGGGUGGCGUGCUUUUUCGCAACGAGACCAACCAGAUUCCUGAACGCGGUC